AAUCCAACUGCUGUGACCUCUCCCCGCUUGCGGAGGUGAGACGAGCCUCGUGAGUGCAACCGGUGUUCUGGCACUCUUCGGGGCUGCCGAAAAAAACAAAAAGCUGAUUCUUUCGUGUGGCAUGACCAGCGGCGCACCGUCAUGGUGGUGGCCGCAUUCCCGAUCGCUAAGCUGGCCGCUCUGGCCUUCCGGCAGCUGAGCAAGCCACUGGCCAACCGAAUCAAGCAGGGGGCGAAGAGCAGUCCCUUUUUCCGUACCUACGUGUGCAUGCCGCCGGCGCAGCUGUACCACUGGGUCGAGGUAAACAUUAAAAUGCGUAUUCUGAACCUGGGCAAGCCCUCCGAGGUGCCCCCGCUCAACGAAGCGAUGGCCAUCGAGCUGGGCGCCGAGCUGCUCGGCGAGAUGAUCAUCUUCGUCUCAGCCGCCGCCACGCUGAUCGCCGAGUACUUGCGCCAGGCGCGCAACGAGCGGCUGCGCGAGAACGCCAAGGAGGAGAAGCAGCUCUGCCUCGAAUGCGAAGUCAAGGACCUGCGGCUGCGCGUCGAGCAUCAGGAGGCGCAGAUCAAGCACCUGACCAGGCUGGCCGGCACCUUUGUCGUCGCGCCACCACCGAAACCACCACCGCCGCCGCCACCUCCGUCGUCGCCACCUGGAGAUGCCGCAGUGGGCACCGGCGACAAAUCGAAACCCGCGCCGGUUGGAAGCUCCGAAACGAAGGCUACCGCUCCAGGCAACACCGAACCUGCCAAGGGGACUUCGGCGAACAGCGUCGAAUUCACAACCACAGUCGUAGGUCGCGCCUUGAACGAUGCCACGGCGAGCGUUCUAGGAAAGACGUUGUCGUAGCCCCCGCCACGGUGCGGACGAUGGGCUGUUCCAGUGUUCGAAGGUCCUAACCGCGGGACGUCGCACGUAUCCAGCGUGGAGCAACUCGAGAAAGUUCGUGCCGUCUCAAAACAAGCCUUCGUGACGUUUUAAGUCUGUUGCCGUUAAAUGUGCUGUUCUGCGUAUGUCAUAAGCUACUCCGCAAGGAGCAGAUUUUUCACGCUAUUGUGUUGGAAUUGAAAUAUCCACGGUAAUUCGAUUACUUUCUAGUUUCUCUAGUUAGCAACAACAGCAUUCGGAGCAGCACACACAAGUGGCAAAGCGUGCACCUUCAAUCGUAGACUUGUCUUUCAUUUGCAGCCAAACACAAGGGUGGACGCAUAACUGAGAAGAUUGAGGGCGCACAGUUUAUUUUGCCGGUGCUGUUUAGGCAGUGGUAGGCACAUGCCUGGUGUACAGUAUAGUGUGUGCAAGCUUGGCUUUCUUUUUGUAAGUGGGCUUUGCAGGAUGUUAUAGAUACUGUGCAAUAAAAGACUAUGAUGGUGUAAAGAAGACAUGCAUAUUCUACUCCCAUGAGAAGCCUGAAUAAUAAAUUUGCCUCUUCCUUAUAAAUUUGACAGAUUACAAGCAACUUGCAGCGGUGUGUAACAUCAUGACGAUACUUGUACACAUUACAAGUUGCUGAUUAUUUCUAAUCAGCUACAUUUUUAUUAUUUCGUAGGUGAUAAAUUGCUUUUCCUGAGCAGUAAUGUUAGUGGAAGGUUAUUUGCUUUAAGUACUCAUUUAUUACAUUAUUCAGAAACAAGUAAAAAGCACUAUAGCUUCGAACAGACAAACUUAGUGGCAACACUGUCAGUGUAUUGUUUUUCUCCUGACUGAACAUUCAUGCAAAUGGCAGAGAAACCUGUAUAAGCAUACCCAAGCAUAAGGAGAACAUGGUGCUGAGCUAGUUCGUGCUGGCAGUAAAUACCUAUAUGAAACAGAUGACUGCAAUGGAAAUGCAUACAUAUGCAUCUUUGUGGGUAUUCAUUUUGUGGAUGUGUGCAGGAACCUCGUUAUUUCAUAUCUGAACGUUGACCCAAGCACAUACCAUUAAAAAGAAAAAUCCACAUGGGAAAUACAGAGAGCAGUCAAAAGUUUCUGAAUACCAUUAUAGUAUGACAUUGUAGUCAAAUAUGAAGGACAAUUCCAGUGCAUGCAUUGCAAGCAUCUCCUGUGCUGUUGGAAAAGCGAAAAAAAAAAAAAGAA